UCAUCCCGAGGUCCAUGCUGUAAUUGGCUCAAAUCGUGAAGCGGGGCAGUUCACACUCUCUCUUGGACACACGCCGCUUCUGACGUCUAUAUUGACCAGUUAACCGACAUGUCCUUUUCUUUAGAACCUAUAAACAUGAGCGCCUCUUUGGUGCUGCUGUGUGCUUUGUAGCUAAAGUCCUAGCUUCUUCGACAUGCUGUUGCGAAUUGGACGGCCUUCCUUACGAAUUUGUGGCAUCAAUAGUGCAAUCCCUUUUUUGUUCAUAGUCACCAUUCUAGUGCUGUUUUUCAUUAUGCACGGCGCCACCACCCUCGAUCCGGAGGCUACGGCGAGCUCAUCUCAUUUUAAAUAUACCACCGUGAAAGGGUAUUUCUUGCAAUCAGAAGACAACACGGAUUCUUCCAAAUUCGACUUUAAGAAGCAGAAUUUCGGCCUUAUCGAGAGGGAGUAUGAGGACCACCAUGGACAGAGACAUGAAGGGAUAUCCCAAUGGCAAAGAUUUGAAAGUUAUGUAAGGCAUUUGAAUGAGAAGAGUGAGGAUGGAGUUCGGUUUAAGGUGCUGCUUUUGGGGAGACAUGGUCAGGGAUGGCAUAAUGUUGCGGAGACGAAGUAUGGGACGGAGGCUUGGGAUUGCUAUUGGUCUAUGCUGGACGGCGCUGAUGGAAUCACGUGGUCGGAUGCAAAUCUCACGGGGAUAGGGAAGGGACAGGCGCAGGACGUUAACGACCUUUGGAAAGCGCUGUUGCCGAAGGGCAUUCCAGCACCAGAGACUUACUAUGUAAGUCCUCUGACCAGAACUAUAGAGACAGCGGAUGUCACCUUCAAAGGUCUGCGUCUUCCGGAUCAUAAACCUUAUAAGCCCAUCAUCAAAGAACUACUACGCGAAGCUAUUGGCGUCCAUACCUGUGACCGCCGCAGCACGGCCACAUACAUCCGCGAAUCGUUCCCACAUGUCGAACUCGAAGAGAAUUUCUCAGAAGAGGAUCGUCUCUGGAGUGCCGAUUAUCGAGAACCAAGCUCAGCCCGGAAGUAUCGACUUUCGAAACUCCUCGACGACGUUUUUGCACACGACAACGGAGCUUUUCUGUCGUUAACCAGCCACUCCGGAGCUAUUGCGAGUGUCUUGGAGGCCGUCGGCCAUCGAUCUUUCGACCUGGAAACGGGAGGAGUGAUCCCGGCCUUCGUAAAGGCAGAGAGGGUGCAUGGAGAGCGGGAGCGACCUCCCCAUGAACCUAGCGAAGGUCCACCGGCGUGUAAGCUCAAUCCCGCGGGCCUGCCGGAUUAAUUAUGCCCGCAUGAGGAGACUGCGAGCAUUUUCGCAU